AUGGAAAAGAGAGUAAUUUCAAAAAUGGCGGACGAAGAUUACGCUUUAGCUUUGUCUCUUCAAGAGCAGUUUUUAGCCGUAGAAAACGUAAGUGCGGAAACUUCUAGCACGAAAAGAAAGAAUCCCACAUCUAUCGUAGAUGACUGCUGGGAGACAAUUGAUCCGACGCCGGAUAUUCGAGAUUUAUUUGUGCAAUUUAACAACUUGUAUUUUGACAGUAAGUUGUCGAGUUGUGAAGUAAAAUGGGCCCCAAGAAUGACUCUUUGUGCUGGUGUUUGCUGUUACGAAGGACGUGGUGGGCUGUGCACCAUCAAACUGAGCAUGCCACUCUUAAAGUUACGUCCAAGAAAGGAUUUAAUUGAAACAUUACUGCACGAAAUGAUUCAUGCUUUUUUAUUUGUCACACAUAAUAACAAGGAUCGUGAGGGUCAUGGGCCAGAAUUUCACAAACACAUGCAUAGAAUCAACAAAUUGAGUGGAGCAAAUAUCACGGUAUAUCACAAUUUCCAUGAUGAGGUUAAUUUAUAUCGUCAACAUUGGUGGCGAUGUGAUGGCCCAUGCCAACAUCGUGCACCAUAUUAUGGUAUGGUUCGUCGUGCCAUGAAUCGUGCACCUUCACCUCAGGACCCCUGGUGGCCCGACCAUCAAAGAACAUGUGGGGGGACCUAUGUUAAGGUGAAGGAGCCAGAGAACUAUAAGAUGAAGAAAAGAAAGACAAAAGAUGACUUUGGUCACUCCAAAUCGAAUGCAAUUAAAGGCACACCAAAGAUUUAUGAUCUCUGGAAUAAGGUAACAAGCAAAAAGAACGAGGAAACGAACAAAAAGAACGAGGAAACGAACAAAAAGGAUGAGGUCAAAACGAGGAAAAACGACCAGAGGAGUGGAGAAAGUUGUUCAAGUAAUGGAAAAGAGAAUGACAUUAGAAAAAUUAAUUUUGCUUUCCAGCCGUUCACGGGAAAAGGUCGCGUUUUAGGAGAUGGUAAAGUGAGCACCAUAUCUAAUGGUAACCACACUUUAUUGUCAGGCUUAGGUGAGACUAGCCAGGCAAAAGUAGAAUCGUCUAAAGAUCUUUCAAAUUCUGUGCAGAAGAAACAUUCUGGAAAUGAGUUGACAAUUGUUGAUGCAUUUAGGAAUUCUUGCGGUCAGAAAGUACCAUUAGUCAUGCUAGAUUCGACGUCCAGUGAAUCAGAGUAUGUCACGUGUCCAGUGUGCACCAAUCAGGUUAAGAAAAAUUUAAUAAAUAAUCAUUUAGAUUCUUGUUUGUAGAUGUGUUUUUCUGUUUAGAUUGUUGUAAAUGUUUUGUUUUUUAAUUGAACGAUGUAUUUAUUUGAAUUGUACAUAAAAAUUUUGUUGAUAUUGAACGAUAUAUUUGUAUAUAUACGUAUAUAUAUAUAAAGGCAUACAUUCAAUAUAGGCAUUUAUAUAUUUCAUAUAUAACAUAGAAAACAGAAA